UUUUUUUUUUCAACACUCCGUUUUGUGUGACUGGCUUUGGGCUUGGUUACCGAUGGAGUCGAUAAGGCUGUCGCCGCACGGUCUUGUCCGUUUUUCUAUCUAGCUUGAUUUCCAAAUACUGUCAACUGAAUCAUCGUCUUGCUCAACAAGCGGUGUGCACACAGACCCAUGGCUGCGCUUGUCUCUCCACAUCCACGCGGCCAGGACCGUCACUUGACCACGAAGACCCCAGACCAAUAUGGCCAACAGCAAGGAAUCGGCGCCGGAAAGCGAAGGUAUGUGUCACAACGCGGCUUGCUUCCCGGCCUCAUCAUAUGUUACUAACAUCUAGAACAAAAGUUCAAGAUCAAAUGCGAGGAGUUGCGCAAGCGUAUCUCCGAAAUGGAGGAAAGCAACGAGGUGGCCACGGUUGCCUUGCUGCGGACCCGGAACUCGAUCCGCAGGCUCAGGCUCGAAUAUGCCGUGCUUUUGGAACGGCUCGAAACCCAGGUCGUGAGGAUCCUGGAGGACGGAAACCCCAAAUUGAGCGAGGCCAUGGCCCGCCCGUUUUCGCCGGUCUUAACUGACGACAAUUUGGAGGCCAAGCUCGCCAAGGUCAAGGUAGCCCGCCCCAAAAAGGCGCCAGGUGUGUCGCGGGCAGCAUUGAAAAGAGCGGCACGUGACCCCAACCUCCCGAAACGGCCCACGAAUGCAUACUUGAUGUUUUGUGACCGAGAAAAAGACCGUGUGCGGAGUGAGCUUGAGCGGCAAAACCCGGGCCAGCCGGCCACAGAACUCACGCGUGCGUUGACCGAUGCGUGGAAGCUUUUGAGCGACGAGCAAAAGAUCCCGUACCUUGAGUUGUACGAAAUCGACCGGGAGCGGUAUCAACGAGAAAUGAUGGUGUACAAUGAGCAAAAGCACGAUGAAACGCUGGUCAAGGGCAAGCUGGUGGCCCAAGCCUCGCCUGGUCUGGGCCCUGUGGAGCCGCAGGGAUCGACCGAGCCAGGCACGCCGACGCAAAACGCCGAGGAAGUCGAGAACAACGACGAAAAUGGCGCCGAGGACGAGGGCUUGGAAGAUGAGCCAGAGGCGCAGGAUGAGCUGGAUGACGACGCCACGCUGGGGCUCAAGCGGGAGUUUGGGAGCUCUGUGGAAAGUGGAAGCCUACCGGAACAGGGGGCAGAAGGAGGUGCAGAGAAGAGACAAAAGGUGUGAUGAACUUUGAUUCAGUUUCUGUGGUGAUGGAGCUAGGAAUAACAUUUCUGGGCAUGCCAUGGCCAUUCUUUAGAAACUCCUAAAACGGAGAUCUAUGCACGGUCACUGGUUUGUUCUUGACAUGUUCUGAGACUGAAGACGAUUUCCGGACACAUGUUUUAUACAGAAGCACGUGUUUCUUAACAAACCAAGAGAUCGUUAAUAUCAUUUUCUAGGUCACCUCGUCAACAAAGUCCUAGGUAAUUG